AUGUCACGCUCCUUCUAUGUCGACUCCUUAAUCAUCAAAGACUCCUCGAGGCCGGCUCCUUCCCUUCCUGAGCAUCAUCACGGCCAGGACUUCUUCAUCCCUCUCAGCAUGCCUUCCCCCCUCGUCAUGUCGGUGUCGGGCCCGGGCUGCCCGUCCCGAAAGAGCGGCGCCUUCUGCGUCUGCCCGCUCUGUGUCACCUCGCACCUGCACUCCUCCCGCGGCGGCGGCGCCGGCGGGGCCAUCCCUCUGCUCAAGAGCCAGUUCCCCAGCGCCGCAGGCGAGGCUCAGUGCUGCCCGCGGACCGGCCACGCUCACCAUCCUCCGCAGCACCCGCCGCCCGCCGCCUCGGUGCCCGCCGCCGCCGCCCUGGGGCACCCUGCGCAUCACCCACCUGCCUGCGCGGCCACCACCUACAGCGUCAGCGACCCCCGGAGGUUUCACUGCCUCGGCAUGGGAGGGUCCGAAUCCAGCCAAAUUCAAAAUGGGAAACGGAUGAGGACUGCUUUUACCAGCACCCAGCUCUUGGAGCUGGAGAGGGAAUUCUCCUCCAACAUGUACCUGUCCCGGCUGCGGAGGAUCGAGAUAGCGACGUACCUGAACCUGUCCGAGAAGCAAGUGAAAAUCUGGUUCCAAAACAGGAGGGUGAAGCACAAGAAAGAAGGCAAAGGCACCCAGCGAAACUCGCACGGGGGCUGCAAGUGCAGCACCAGCCAAGGCCAUUACCCCCGGUCGGAGGAUGAAGAGUCUCUAUCCCCCUCGUCGGCUACCGAGGAUAAAGAGAUCUCCCCGUUAUGAGCCCGGCUCGGAGCUCCGCUCCUGCCGGCUGGUCCCAGCCCGGAGCGAGGUGGCGGCAGGGCGGUUUACCUGGCAGCGCUGCCCACGGACGGCAGCCCGCUAACCUGCAGCGGGCUGGCCCUUGCCGCCGCGGAGGUUUAAUUGUCAUCCA